GCCACAAUCAAUCAAUCAAUCAAAGUGAUCCAUGGAAAAAUCCAGUCCCAAAUAAUUAUGGUGACUCCUGUGCUAUAUAAAGGCGCCACCUUUCCUCCCUUGCCUCCACGCACCACCAAUUAUUGAACAACCCCAAUUUCUUUCUCUCAACUUUCCCCACCACUUAAAACAAAUUUCUAGAAAGAGAGAGAGAAAUGGACCAGAAGGAUGCAGAAUACUACUAUAUCAACCAAACUCACAAUUUCUAUCUUAAAAAAACACUUCAGUUCCUGCUCCCAAUUUCCAUCAUCUCUUUCUUAGUUUCCUAUUUCUCAGUUUUCUCCUUAUUAUUCCAUUCACUUGACAGAAAAUGCAUGUUCCUUCUCUGCAACGGCAUCCUCGCGUUUCUGGCCAAAAGCCUCACCUCGCCUCUCACCCAUGGAGAGAAGAAUUUCGACGACGAAGAUGCUCUUUUUUUCCGUGAAAAUGCAGCCUACGUCGAAUAUGUGGAUCAUACUUCGUCGGCGGUUCCAGAAGAGAUAGAGAUAAAGGUGCAAGACGACAGCGUUUCACAGAAUAUUAAUGCAGCGGAGGAGAUAGAGACUGAAAUGGUGACUAGUGAAGAAUGGGAAGGAGACGAAGACGAAGACGAAGACGAUGACAAUGACGAUGAUGAUGGAGAACAAGUCCAAGGCGUAGUGAGCGAUAUGAGGGUUAGCACGGAAGAGUUAAACAAGAAGUUUGAUGAGUUUAUUAGGAAAAUGAAGGAAGAAAUUAGGAUUGAAGCCCGCCAGCAAUAUUUGAUAGCAGUCUAGAACCAGAUCUCUUUGUGUAGAGGAAAAAAUAAAAAUUUUGUAGAGCUUCUCCUUUUAAUAUUAAUCUUCUUCUUAUUUCACUCUCACCAUCACCAACAUGAUAUAUAAUAUCUACCAUUUCGAAGAAAAACAAAA